AUGGCUCGCCACGGGGAUACUCGCUCACCAUCUCCUGUAGGCAGCACAUAUUCUUCAUCUCGUCGCAACCGCAGAGAUGACGACCGCUACGACAGACACAGAAGGGAUGAUGGACGCGGUUAUCGCAGGUCCCGCAGUCCAGAGCGGCGAUAUCGCGAUUAUCCACAUGGCCGGGACAGAGAUGGCUACAGACGCCGUGAUAGAUCGAUAGACCGACGAGACGAAGACACCUAUCGCCCCAAUCGAAGAGAUCGGUCUCGUGAGCGCCGGCGAUCUAGAGAUCGAGAUGACGACCGAGGCUAUCGUCGCAAGAGUCGCGAUAGAGAUUAUCGACCUCGGAGGGAUGACUCGCGGGAUCGAGACCGGAGACGUACAGACGAUCUUGCCGAUCCAAAGCACAAGCCCAGACGAGUUGACAGUCAAGACCGUGGCGGAUCUCGACGCUCGAGGUCCCGUACUCAAGAGCCAUCGAAACCUGCUACUCCUGCCCCCACUGCGCCGCCUGCCGCUCAAACCGAGGAGCAAAAAAAGGCCGAGAGAUUGGCCAAGCUAGAAAUGUGGAAAGCAAAACAGGCGGCUGAGCGUGAACGGAAACAAAAGGAAGAAGCCGCAGCAGGUGGCGGACGUGGUAUCCUUGAUGAGCUAGACCGCCGCUCUGGUCGUCCUCCUGCUGUAGCCUCGCCUCUCGCCCCAGUAACGCCCGUCGAACCCUCGUCUCCUGCGCCUUAUGCUGGCAAGUUUGAUCCUAAGGCUAUUGUUAAGGGCGCAGCCUCGAAUGGAACGGCAGCCACACCAGCUGUCCUCGGAACCGAUGUCCAUGUUCCCCAGAACACGAAGCCUGUGACAGCUCCACCUGCCGCGCCCUCUGUUGCACCUUCUGCACCGUUGAAAGCCAAGGGCAAUGUCAGUGGAUUUGGACUGGGAGGGAAACAGGCGUCUGAGAAUGAGAAACCUACUGCCACCCGAACUCUGGGAUUCGGCGAAGAAGAGUCGACUCGCAAGAAAUUGGAACGGCUUCCAACGCCUCCGCUUGAUGACGACAAGGACGGCCUCGCCGUUGUCGAGGAUGCCGGCGAUGAUGACGAUGUCGAUAUGCAAGACGGGGACAGCGAGGAACAGGCCGCCGCCGCCGCACGAGCCGCCGCCGAACGGCGUGAGGCUCGCCUUCAAUACCAACAACCAGAAACAAAUACUGACGUCCAGAUGGAGGAGACUCCCACCCAACAAGCUGAUCCAGCGGCGAUGGAAGUUGAUGAGGUUGAAGACGUUGAUCCUCUCGAUGCCUUCAUGUCAGAACUUGCAGACACUGCUCCUCCAAAAAAGAAGUCCGGUGUCUCUUUCGCAAAGAAGACUGGCCCGCAACAACCACAGGCUUUGUUCGGGGAUGAGGACGAUGUGGAUCUUACGGCUGUUGGUGGUGAAGACGCGGAUGAUGUUCUCGCAAUGGCCACUAAGAAGAAGAAAAAGGAAAUCCCGACUAUUGAUCACGCCAAGGUCGACUAUGAGCCAUUCCGCAAAAACUUUUAUAAUGAACCUUCCCACCUCGCCGAAAUGACCGAGGAGGAAGUGGCAAACUUACGACUUGAACUAGACGGCAUCAAAGUUCGUGGUCAAGAUAUACCUAAGCCAGUCCAGAAAUGGGCUCAGUGUGGUUUGGGUGUGCAGACAUUGGAUGUUAUUGAGCGUUUGGGUUUCGAUGGCCUCACCUCAGUUCAAGCGCAAGCCAUACCUUGCAUCAUGUCAGGUCGCGAUGUGAUCGGCGUUGCUAAGACUGGCUCUGGAAAGACCAUGGCAUUCUUGGUUCCAAUGUUCCGACACAUCAAAGAUCAGCGACCGCUCAGCAACAUGGAAGGGCCAAUCAGCUUGAUCAUGACACCAACCCGUGAGUUGGCCACUCAAAUUCAUAAGGACUGCAAACCGUUCUUGAAGGCACUCGGUCUGCGUGCUGUAUGUGCAUAUGGCGGUGCCCCUAUCAAAGAUCAAAUUGCGGAGCUGAAGCGUGGAGCCGAGGUCGUUGUUUGCACACCAGGACGUAUGAUCGAUCUCCUCGCUGCCAACGCUGGUCGAGUCACUAAUCUCCAUCGCGUGACUUACGUUGUGCUUGACGAGGCAGAUCGUAUGUUUGAUAUGGGAUUCGAGCCUCAAGUCAUGAAGAUCUUGGCCAACGUUAGGCCCGAUCGGCAGACAGUGCUGUUCUCCGCCACCUUCCCUCGAAAUAUGGAAGCAUUGGCACGAAAAACACUCAAGAGGCCCAUUGAGAUUGUUGUUGGUGGCCGAAGUGUGGUCGCCCCCGAAAUUACCCAGAUCGUGGAGGUACGCAACGAAGACCAGAAAUUCGUGCGUCUUCUCGAGCUACUCGGCAAUCUUUAUUCAGAUGAUUCGAACGAGGAUGCGCGGGCGCUGAUCUUCGUCGACCGUCAAGAAGCUGCCGAUACUCUACUGAAAGAACUGAUGCGGAAGGGUUAUCCAUGCAUGUCAAUUCAUGGUGGCAAAGAUCAAAUUGAUCGCGAUUCUACCAUUGAGGACUUCAAGGCCGGUAUAUUCCCAGUUCUGAUUGCCACUUCAGUCGCGGCUCGUGGCUUGGAUGUGAAGCAGUUGAAGCUCGUCAUCAACUACGAUGCACCCAACCACUUGGAAGAUUAUGUGCAUCGUGCUGGUCGAACUGGUCGCGCCGGCAAUACCGGUACUGCUGUUACAUUCCUGAUGGACACUCAAGAACGAUAUUCGGUGGACAUUGCCAAGGCUCUGAAGCAGAGUGGGCAAGAGGUUCCCGAGCCAGUGCAGAAGAUGGUGAAUAAUUUUCUCGACAAAGUCAAGGCUGGUAAAGAAAAGGCCAGUGGAUCCGGCUUUGGUGGCAAAGGUCUGGAGCGACUAGACCAGGAGCGUGAGACCGCGCGCAAUCGUGAACGUCGAACGUACAAGACUGGUGAAGAGGGAGAGGAGGAAGAGGACAAAGAUGACAAGAAGGACAAGAAGGGCGACGAAGACCGCUUCGCCAAAGCUCUCUCUGCAGUGCAGUCUGCCGCUACCGCGCCCGCACCGGCACCGCUGGCUGGUGUACCCAAAGGUAUUGACCUUGACGGGAAGAUCACAGUCCACAGGACCGAGAAGGAUCCCAAUGCUGGCACCAAGAAUGCUUUGGACAAGGUUGGCUCUGCUGUUGCGGAUAUUCAUGCUCGUCUCAGCCGCGCCGGUGUGAUGAGAUCAGGUGUGCCCAUCGAUAAUCGGGGCCCAGAUGCAGGCGCAUUCCAUGCUACUUUGGAGAUCAACGACUUUCCCCAAAAAGCUCGUUGGGCGGUCACCAACCGCACGAAUGUCGCCAAAAUUUUGGAAGCUACAGGGACCUCCAUCACGACCAAGGGUAGCUUCUAUCCCACUGGGAAAGUGCCUGGGCCGAACGAGAAUCCCAAACUUUAUAUCCUGGUUGAGGGAGAGACCGAAAUCUCCGUUACCAAUGCCAUGCGCGAGCUUAUGCGUUUGCUGAAAGAGGGUACUGUCGCUGCUGCUGACAGCGAUGCGCGCCAGCCAGCCAGCGGUCGUUAUAGUGUGGUUUAG